AUGACCACAGUGCGUCCGAAGUAUGUGGUAGUGCUGGAAGCCUCAGAAACGACGUCUUCUUCCGCAGUCGGACUGAUACUGAAUAUGAUCGAGAGCGACAUGAACAAGUUCGCUGAGAGAGUAGCUAUGCUCACCGACAGCCAGAUCUCAUUGAAGCCAUACUAUAUGGAGUACCACUCAACAAGCCGCCAGUACACUGAUGGUUGUAGUAUUCAAGACAAAGGACCUGGCCAAGAAAGCCCUUCUGCCCAUUACCAAUCGUUCUUGGAUAUUUCUGACGACGGAAGCGAACAACUGGGAUAUAACGUUGGAGCUGUCACAAGUGCGCCAUAUCUGGACAAUGCGCCAGCUUUCGGGUCUGGUGAUGCAGCAGAGAGAUCUUUGGCUGCAUUUUCCGGGCAGCCUCUGGUAAAUGGUGAGCCUAACAUCUCUGGUGAGGCCCAAGCUAUGCCACAGUCACUCAUGAGUGGACGCACUGGGAACGAUCAAUUGUUGUGA